UUGUGUUCAGCAGAUGGCGUAGUUCAAACGCAGACAAAGUCGCAUUAUCUCCACAGAUCCAGAGCCCAGCUCUUCUCAACACGCUGUCUGAAUCCGGAGGAAAGACUGCUGGAAUAUUACAGCGCUCUUUACACCAGUUUCUAAAGCGUUUUGUGUUGGUGUUUAUUUCUGCUGAGGCGUUUCACUCAGGUUUGGACCUAAAGUGAAGUUCCUAACACGCAUGGGAACAUGUCAGGAGUGUGUCAGGACAGAAGCAGCCGCUGGCAGAGUAUUGAAAAAGGGCUGCAGUUCAUCCAGUCUACUCUGCCCUUCAAUGGCUCUCAGGAGGAGUACGAGGUGUUUCUUCAGGACCUGGUGAAGAACCUGUUUGGAGAAGGCAACGAUGUAUUCAGCGAAGGCGAUUGGGCUCGAUCUGUCGAGCUCUACAAUGAGGCCCUAGGCGUAUCCGAAUAUGCAGAAUCAGAAGACAUCAACAUACCCUGUAAAACGCGAGAGAGGCUCCACGCUAACCGUGCUGCAGCCUACUUACACAUGGGCCUCCAUGACCAAGCCUUGGAGGACUGCGAACAAGCUCUUCAGCUGAACGAGAACAACUACAGAGCACAGUAUAGGAAAGCCCGAUGCCUGAAAGAGAUGCAGAGACACCAAGAGGCCUACGACGUCAUUGCUAAGUGCUCCAUGGCAGUGCCUCAGGAUGCCAGAGUGAUUGAACUGACUCAGGAGCUUGCCAAAAUUUUGGGAUUGAAAAUUCGUAAAGCCUACGUGAGAGGCAAGCCUGCCUUAAAUGUUUUAUCUGGAUCCAGUGCAUCAGGAGCAACGAAUGAAAAGUUUUCUCAGAGCUCUGCUUCUGUCGAAGACAUUGAAAUAGAUGAGUGUCAGUUUACUCAGGUCGUUGGCACUUUGUUGCCAGUGAACAUACCAGUGUGUCCUCCUGGGAGUCAGAAAACAGACAUGGAGCCUCCGCCUGUACCUGUCCAUACAAUACCUAACAUAACCCCCGCUGAGCUGCCAAAACCUGAGCCUGGUCCUCUGGUCAUGCCUGCAGUAAAUGGAUCCAAGCCCAGUGAUUCUUACGCACAGCUGGACUUGGAUGGAGAGAUUUUAGGAGAUGAUCUGGAUGAGCUGCUGGAUAAAGCAGCUCCAGCUGACCUGCCCAUGGUCAUUCCUACAGUGACUGGUCCUCUUCCCUUAACAAGCAGUAUUGGUACCCCGUGUUCCCUGGCUGCUCCUCUUCAGCCGCACUCCUACAUGAGCCACACAAUGCUCAUGACACAACCGUGCACCGUGACUCUGCCUGCACCUUAUCACAAACCCGGCGCGUCGACCUACUCCUUCGGCCUGGACUCAUUCCCCUCGCAGCUGGAUUCACUGGAUAGCUUGUCUCUUUCAGAGUCUCAGCCAGAAAAAACUUUUCCACUGGAAACGGGUUAUGGCCAGCAUUCUUUUAUGAUGGGCACCAGUGAAAGAACCUUGCCCGCGGUGCCACCCGUGGGAAUGAUGUUCGGCAUGCCAGAAAGCGCUGGUUAUGCACAGGAGCUUCCACAGCAGGUGGACUUUGCCAAGAAUCCACUUGCUGAAAGCCAUGAGUUUAAACAAGCCUGUGCUGUGUGCUUUGUUAAAACCGGGCCUGGGGUACUAGACUACAGCUAUCAUUCUGAGGACCAUAAAUGUAAAAAAGACUUGUUGAUUGGAAGAAUCAAACACGUGGAGAUUCCUACAUGGAAAUUGAUUCGGCCAAGGCCCACCAAAAAUCAGUACAUGGGGCUGUAUUAUAUUUGCAAAGAUGUCGCUAAUGGAGAAGAGUGUAAGUACCCUGGUCACUGUACAUUUGCUUACUGCCAAGAAGAAAUUGAUGUUUGGACCCUGGAGCGCAAGGGCUUCUUCUCCAGAGACCUGCUGUGUGAUCCAAGUGGAAGCCGAGCCAAGAUUAAUUUGACCGUUUCCAAAAUCCUACAGGAGCACCAAGGGAUAUUUCUGUUCCUGUGUGAGGUGUGCUUUGAUCACAAACCCAGAAAAAUCAGCAAACCCGGUAUCUGCUCUCAUCAAGUGAAACAGCAUGGGUUUGAUCAGAAUAAGUGCCUCGUCCAUUUAGUGAAGAACCCUACGCUGAAGUACUCCAAAAUUCGCCCAUACAGUUCACAGUGCCAGCUGGAUGUGUGUAGGCACGCAGUGCGCUACGGCUGCCAGCGAGAGGAUUACUGUUUCUUUGCCCACAGCUUCGUCGAGCUCCAAGUAUGGAUGAUGCAGCGUGAGCAAGGUAUUACACAUGAAGCCAUUGUCCAGGAGGCAAAGAAGUUUUGGAAUAUCGAGCACAGCUCGCGAGAACAGGAGCUCCACGCCGUCUUGAAGAAGUUUGGGCCACCUAAUCUUAAAAUGCAGUUUGUGUGUGGGCAGUGCUGGAGGAAUGGGCAACUCACUGAGCCUGACAAGUACAAGAAGUACUGCAGCGCUAAAGCCAGACACCUCUGGUCCAAAGACAGACGAGUGGUCCUGGUUAGCUCAGUCGAACGGAGGAAGUGGACAGAAGUUCGCCCUCUCCCAACAAGAAAGCCUGCACCUGCUCAGUUUGAGAUUUGCUUGCACGUGGCUGCUGGCAAGAAAUGUCAGUAUAUCGGGAACUGCACUUUUGCCCACAGCGUGGAGGAGAAAGAUCUUUGGACGUAUAUGAAAGAUAACAAUAUUGCAGAUAUGGAGCAGCUUUAUGAGAAUUGGCUUCAGUUUCAGAAGCCAGGCAAUAGUGAAGAGAGCUCAAGCAGUGCUGCUAAGGAGAACGGAAAGCAAAUUCACAUGCCCACAGACUACGCAGAGGAAGUGGCUGGAAACCACUGCUGGCUGUGUGGGAAGAACUGCAAUAGUGACAAACAGUGGCAGCAGCACAUCACCUCGGAAAAGCAUAAGGACCGCAUGUUCAACUCUGAGGAUGACCAGAACGGCUGGCAGUAUCGCUUCCCCACGGGGGUUUUCAAAGUCUGUGAGCGGUUCCGCAAGGGCACGUGCCCCGAUGGAGAGAAGUGUACUAUGGCCCACGGCGAGGAGGAGCUGAAGGAGUGGAUGGACCGCAGAGAAUUUCUUUUGAUGAAACUUGCCAAAGCCCGAAACGAUCACUUGAUAGCGCCAAACGAUAACGACUUUGGCAAAUAUAGUUUUCUGCUUAAAGACAUUAAGUAAACUUUAAUUAAUUCAAAAAUGUGCCAGAGAUGUUUGAAAAGUAUGUGUCAGUACUGAAUACAGUAUUGAAGUGGACGAGCUCCACUGAAGCUCCCUACAGUUCAAGAGAGCAAAUAGCCCUCUUUUUUUUUUUUUUUUUUUUCUCUCUGGUUGAUGUUAAUGGAAAACACGGAGCUGGAGCUGCGUUCUGCUAAAUUAUGGCUUCGUUAAGUUUAACACAGAGGGGAAAAAAAAAAUCAUGUUUAAUGUUCCAGCUCAGUAAGUGUUACACAAUGGGCCUCUUUUCAGAUUCCUGACUACAAAUCAAGGCCAAAGACACCAAAGAAAGAAAGAAUACAGUAUAAAUGAUAGAUUAAUAUUUGGUCACAUGAUCACAACAGACUUAUGAGAAUUUGUUGGGUUGGUUUUCUUCACAUAUUUUAAUUUGCAGUGAUUUUUUUUUUUGGUUGGUUGUUUACAUUUUUCUCCUUUUACGUUUUCUGUUAUGUAACUUUCCUUAACUUCCUGGCUUCAGCUUUAUUUUAUAUUCCCUGUUGUUAGUGUUGAGUUGGCCUGUUUCUAAUGGUAAUAUAUGCCAUUCCCGGUAGUAUAUUACACAUCUGUCGUGCGACAGGAGCAUGAGAAGUCAACCUUAAGCCGUAUGUGAUAAAUAAGUUGAGGGUAAUUUAAACAGGGAUGGUUUUGGUUACGUUUUGUUGGAUAGUUGGAGUUUAGUUGUCUCAUUGCUGUGAGAUAAGCUGAAAUAUGCUCUCAGCACUUUCUUCUUGGCACUUUUUUGUCAUUUCCAGCCUUGUUUAAAAAAAAAAUUUUAUGUUUUCUAGCUUUACUAAGUUCCCAUUCUGCAUAUUUUAUGUUCUGAUUUAAUCACAAGCAACAGUAUUUGGAAAAGCACCAGUGCUGUUCAUCCUAUUUACAUUAUUGAAACAUCUGUGACAGAUGCAUAAGAGCCUAAGUUUGCUAAACUUGAACCAGGGUACUGCAGUUUCCUCCUUCUUUUAGUCUUUAUUAUUGGUGUGUAAACACACAGGCAGUGUAUGUUUCACUCGGCAAACCGAACUAAUGAGUCUCAUUGUAGAAAAGCAUAUUUUACUGCCUUGUUUUUCUGACCUUUGAGUAGUGUUUUAAACACGAUAUUCCUUCCCCAACCCCCUUUACCGGUAGUGUAAAGGCCACAUAAAACUCAUAAAUGCUUCAUCCUGCUAUAAAGUGAAAGAAGUCACUCAACACUCGAGAUGGUGUGAAUAAAUGAUAUGCUUCUCUAUAGUUCUCAGUAUUUAAUAUUAACAUCCUGUUUAACGUCCUUCCUAUGUCCUUUAGCCGGGGGACACACACACACACACACACACAGGGGGAGCAACACCGAAAAACAGAAUUGUUUUUGCAUGUUUAAAGCAUGUUUUAAUAAUGUCUUAAAAAAAAAAAAAAAAAAAAAUAAAGAAUUGCUUAUUUUUUUAAGAAUGAUACAUUAGGUAUGUCAGUUAUAAGCCGUACCCAUGUGUAAGAAAGUGUUACUGCUAAAAUCCAGGAAGUAGAAAAGUGCCAGUGUGUGUUUGGCUUUUCACUGCAGCCAGGCAGGAGCACCUCAUUCUGCUUGUUUGAUCAGAUCAUUGAUAUUAUUUUGGUUAUAUCUGAGAUUAUAACUGAUGUCCUUGAAUGACCUUGGGUCUUGUAUAGACUGUGUGUCGAGGAGUUAUCGCUGAAUCGCUGACUUUACUGGUAUUGUCUCUCUCUUGGGCCUCCUGCUGAGCAGCAUUUGUCCAGUUACGUAUGUUUUCCCGCCUCACACGGGACAAUUGUUUCUAAAAUGGCUGUCAUUCUUUUCACUUUCAGUUCAUGAUCACUGUUUUCUUUCAGAUCCAAAUACAUUUUUGUCUUUCAAUAAGAUUAUUUCAGGUCUUAUUACAUUUACAGUUUUAUUCAUCGAGCACACUGAGAGUCGAGGUCCUUGCUGAAAGACACAUCAGUGCCUGGCAGGCUGAAGAUCUGAACUCAACACCUUCUGAUCAUGAGGUUAGAAUCUUAACCACAGAGCCACAGCAACUGGGAGUUUGAUUUUAUUUUAUUUUAUUUGUUUUGUGCCUUUUGCCUCUCUGCUUGACUGAUCCAAUCUAAUGGGUGAAUAAAACAAAACAUGUUCAUAAA